AUGAUGGAAGAGGUGUCCAUGACGAUGGCGUGCGAUGCCUACGUUAUGGACCAGAUGAGCGAAGAGGAGAUCCUGGCUUGCCUGGUGGAGGAAACGGAACCUACAUUUGAAGUCCCAACGAAGAAGACUAAACUGAAGGAAAGCCGACUUCAACUAAUGCAUGAUGAAGAGCCUCUGGACAAAUACUUGAGGGAGAACCAUCAACUGCAGCAGGCCAGCCUCCGUCUGGAGCAGGAGAAUGACAACCUUGCCCACAGACUGAUCACCAGCAAGAUCGCCUUGAGGAGCGUUCUGGACACGGCGGAGGACAGAGUGGAGGAACUCACCAAAGACCUUUUUCAAUCCAGACAUCGACUGCAGGCGACAGAAGAGGAGAAGAGAGGGAAAGAUGAAGAAGCUGCAGUGGCGAAGGAAGUGUUUCGGAGAGAGCUGCAGAAGGCCGAGCAUGAAGUCAGAAGGUCAUCGGGUGUCAUCGCGGACUACAAACGGAUCUGCUCUCAGCUGACAAACCGUCUGGAGAUGCAGCAGACCGCCCACAGAGAAGAGUUGGAUUCACUCAAGACUACAUUGAAGUGUUGCUCGAGCAGUCGACACGUCGUAGAAUCGGAAGAACCGUCUGCAGCAAUAGAAGGCCACGGGACGACUGAGCCAGGCAGGGAAGAGGACACCGAAGGUCCCAAAAAGGCAGAGCAGAGGAGAGACGACCGGGAGAAGGAGUCCCUGAAGGCCGAGGUCAGGGAGCUGGAACAGGAGUUGGCCAAGACCAAACUCCAGAUGGUGGAGUCCAAGUGCAAGAUCCAGGAGCUGGAGCACCAGAAAGGAAUCCUGGCCAAUGAUCUCCAGGAAGCAAAGAACAGCUGGAUCAGCAAAGCCUUCACCUCCCUGCGGAGCUCCAGCGAAGGCGGACUUCACAGUAUUAGCAUACCCAGAGAACGAGCUCCCACAAUGCUGUGGAACCUCCACGGUGGCUCCCUGUCCGGAUGGAGCGCCAAGAAGCUGUCGUGGCCUCACAGAGACAAUCGAGAAAACGUCUGAUAGCUUGGACUGUGAAUGUGCAAGAUAACCUGUAAGUGGAAUAAAUAGAAGGAUCAGACCUCAGAGUAUUAAUUCCUGAUGCUAUGUGCAGUAUGUGGUCGAUGCUGUAGCUGCUAUU